AUCCCGCUGGGCGCGCCGGUGCCGGUGGAGCAGGCCGUGCUAGAGACCUUCUUCUCCCACCUGGGCAUCUUCUCCUACGACAAGGCCAAGGACAAUGUGGAGAAGGAGCGGGAGGCCAACAAGAGCGCGGGGGCCAGCUGGCUGGCGCUGCUGGCCGGGCUGGCGCACCUGGCCGCCGCCGAGAAGGCCUACCACUCCUUGGAUUUUAGUAAUACCUCCAUAUUUAUCUGAACAGGUGGUCAGUCAUUCUUCAGCCGAAAGGACUCCAUCCGAACCAUCUACACGUCUCUGCAUAAUGAGCUGAAGAAGGUGGUGGCGACGGGUCGCAAUGCACUAGGAGGAACAGCUCCUCACUUGGAAGAGCUGCUUUCUCACCUGUCUGAACAGCUCUGUUUUUUUGUUCAGGCUCGGAUGGAAAUUGCUGACUUCUAUGAAAAAAUGUACACACUCAGCACCCAAAAGUUCAUUAACUCUGAGGAACUGGUAAACAUUCUGGAAUCCAUCUUAAAGAAAUACAGCUCGAGAUUUCAUCAUCCAAUCCUCAGUCCUCUUGAAAGCAGUUUCCAGCUGGAAGUAGAUGUGCUUGCGCAUCUCUUAAAGGCUCAGGCUCAGAUCUCAGAAUGGAAGUUCCUUCCAUCCCUGGUCAACUUGCACAGUGCUCACACAAAACUACAGACUUGGGGCCAAAUUUUUGAGAAACAGCGAGAGACCAAGAAACAUCUGUUUGGAGGGCAGUCUCAGAAGGCUGUACAGCCUCCGCACCUCUUCCUCUGGCUGAUGAAGCUCAAAAACAUCCUCCUUGCGAAGUUUAGCUUUUACUUUCAUGAGGCUCUUAGUCGGCAAACAACAGCAUCUGAAAUGAAAACUUUGACUGCUAAAACAAAUCCUGAUUACUUUGGGAAAAUUUCCAGCUUCAUCCGGAAGUACGAUGCUGUUAACGUUUCCUUAAUUUUUGACAAUCGUGGAUCAGAGAGUUUUCAGGGACAUGGUUAUCAUCAUCCCCAUUCUUACAGGGAAGCCCCCAAAGGGGUGGAUCAGUACCCUGCAGUGGUGUCUCUGCCCAGCGACAGGCCUGUUAUGCACUGGCCCAAUGUAAUCAUGAUUAUGACUGAUAGAACCUCUGACCUCAACAGUUUGGAGAAGGUUGUUCACUUCUACGAUGACAAAGUCCAAAGCACGUACUUUCUGACUCGCCCUGAACCUCACUUCACCAUUGUAGUUAUUUUUGAGUCCAAGAAGUCGGAAAGGGACUAUCAUUUUAUUUCUUUUCUCAAUGAAAUUUCACAUUCCCUUAAGAACUCCAAAGCUUUUGCGAGCUUGAAGCCUGGAUCCAAAGGGUAAAAUACAAGCUACUUACAAGUUGUCAAGGCAGUAUGGCAGCCUUGGGGGAGCUGUAGCUUUCAAGGAUUACGUAAAUUCAUGAUUCUCAGAGUCUAAUUAAAAAGAAACCAUUAUUUUUAAUGUUAUAAGUUCGUUCAUUUUUUUUUUUAAGCUAACAGGCACUUGAAGAAAAGUGGUUUUGGGCAGUACUCAGUGGGACAACUUAAUUGUGUGGCCACAGCAGGAUUUUUUGGUGUGGUUUUUGAUUUUCAGUAUGAUUUAUUUUUUCAGU